UAUUCAUCCUUUACAACAUGAAGACGUUGACCCUCUUCAUAUUCUUGAAAAAUCUCCCCACAUUUCCUCUCUCCUCUAUCUCUCUCCUCCUCCUCUAGAAACAGAAGUACGAUUCUUCAAAAAUUUCAAACUCACGACUCUCAAGUACUACUUUAUUCAUUCAUUGUUCCAAUAUCUAGAGAGAGAAACUAGAGAGAGAGAGAAACUGAAGAGAAGGAAAUGGUGACCAAGAGAUUGAGGAAAUUGUAUGCAAAGGACGCCAAGAAGUUCUUGAACCAUGUGAUUGAGGACAAGCCCCUGUUGCCCUUUUUGAUCCCAUUGGGGUUCUUUGCUUGGGCUAUUGAGAGAUGGCUUGUGCCUUUUUCCAACUGGGUUCCUCUUGCUUUUGCUGUUUGGGCUACGAUUGAGUAUGGGAGAUUCCACCGUCAAAUACUUAUAGAGGAGUUGAAUGGCAGAUGGAAGCAGCUUAUAUUGAACACGACACCCAUAACGCCAUUUGAACCUUGUGAGUGGCUGAACAAGCUACUAUUAGAAGUUUGGCCCAAUUACAUGGAACCAAAACUCUCAAGUAGAUUUUCCUCGAUUGUGGAGAGGCGCAUGAAGAACCGGAAACCAAAGCUUAUUGAAAAACUAGAAUUGCAGGAAUUUUCACUCGGUUCAUGCCCACCUAACUUGGGAAGAACGGGGAUGCAUUGGAUUACUUCAGGUGACCAGAAAGUCCUGCAGCUAGGUUUUGAGUGGGAUAGUAAUGAAAUGAGCAUUAUGCUAAUGGCAAAGUUAGCAAAGCCACUAAUGGGGACUGCUCGUAUUGUAAUCAACCAGAUUCACAUCAAGGGAGAUCUCCACCUGAUGCCAAUUCUUGAUGGUCAAGCAAUACUGUAUUCAUUUGAAUCUACCCCUGAGGUUCGACUAGGUGUGGCCUUUGGAAGCGGUGCAAGCCAAACACUUCCAGCUACUGAACUUCCUGGUGUUUCAACUUGGCUUGUAAAGCUUUUCACUGAAACUCUAGUAAAGACAAUGGUUGAGCCUCGUCGGGCAUGUUACUCUUUACCAUCAGUAGAUCUAAGGAAGACAGCUGUUGGUGGUGUACUUUCAGUUACUGUAAUUUCAGCUGGUAAAUUUGGUAACAAUAGCUUAACAGGAAGCAAUCAAUUAUCAGGAAGUUUUGGGAAUCAAGUUUUACAGACAUUUAUUGAAGUAGAAGUUGGUGAUUUGACCCGAAGGACAAAUUUCGGUCAGGGACUUAGUCCUAGAUGGGAUUCGACAUUUAAUAUGGUGCUCCAUGGAAAUACGGGAAUUGUCAGAUUUCAUCUUUAUGAACAGGAUCCGGGCAAUGUGAAAUUAAACUACCUGACUAGUUGUGAGAUAAAGAUGAAGUACGUUGCAGAUGACUCUACAAUGUUUUGGGCAAUAGGUCGUAAAUCUGGAGUGCUGGCAAAACAAGCUGAAUUUUGUGGGAAACCAGUUGAAAUGGUUGUUCCAUUCGAAGAAACUAAUUAUGGAGAGCUGGCAGUUCGGCUUGUGUUAAAAGAAUGGCAAUUUUCUGAUGGUUCUAUCAGCUUGCGUAACUCGGUUUACAGUCAAUCUCAGCCUUCUAUAAAUGGCUCAUCAAAUCUCCUAUCAAGAACAGGGAGGAAACUCAUGGUGACUGUAGUAGAAGGAAGAAAUCUAACUACAAGAGAUAAAUCUGGAAAAUGUGAUCCUUACGUGAAACUACAAUACGGAAAGGCUGUUCAUAGAACAAAGACAAUCUCUCACGCUUCAAAUCCUGUGUGGAACCAAAUGUUUGACUUAGAUGAAAUAGGAGGAGGUGAGUAUCUCAAGAUCAAGUGCUACAGUGCGGAUAAAUUCGGUGAUGAGAACAUUGGUAAUGCACAAGUAAAUAUGGAAGGAAUUGAAGAAGGAACCUGUAGGGAUGUGUGGGUUCCCCUUGAAAAGGUGAGUUCAGGAGAGUUGAGGCUCCAGAUAGAAGCUGUAAAGAGUGAUGACUAUGAAGGAUACAAGCAGAAUUCUCCACCGAGAUCUGGAACCAUCGAACUAGUCCUAAUCGAAGCUAGGGACCUUAUUGCUGCUGAUCUAAGAGGAACAAGUGAUCCUUAUGUAAGGGUGCAGUAUGGUAACAUGAAAAAACGAACAAAGGUGGUUCAUAAGACACUAAAUCCUCAAUGGAACCAGACCCUAGAGUUCCCUGAAACAGGCGAUCGUCUUGUUUUGCAUGUGAAGGAUCACAAUGCUUUACUUCCCACUUAUAACAUAGGUGACUGUGUUGUGGAGUAUGAAAGAUUACCUCCAAAUCAAACAGUAGAAAAGUGGAUACCUCUCCAAGGAGUGAAGAGCGGAGAGAUCCAUGUACAGGUCACAAGAAGAGUUCCAGAAUUACAGAAAAAAUCAGAAUUACAUAAAAAAUCCAGCACGGCUUCUAACAUCUCUUCAAGUAAAGCGCGUAAAAUAUCUGGGCAGAUGCGAGGAAUAUUCAGUAAAUUUCAAGGCUUAGUGGAGGAUGGGGAUUUAGAAGGAUUGUCAUUGGCCCUCAGUGAAGUUGAAAGUGUAGAGGAUGCUCAAGAGGAAUACAUGCUUCAGCUAGAGAAGGAAAAGACAUUGCUCAUCAAUAAAAUAAAUGAACUUGGUCAUGAAAUAAGUAGAACAUCAUCAACUCCAGGCAAAAUACCUUACUAAAAUUUAAUAUUAGUAGUAAUAAUAAUAAUAAUAAUAAUAAUAAUCCCCUUAAAUGAUUGUUAAAUAUAUAUACAUCAUUAUGUAUACGUGUGUCCUCAGGAAGAAAAAAAAUGUUAUAAUUUCUUUAGUUCUUAAUUAAAAAUUAGAAAAAUCGAACAGAUGUUAAGUUUUUGUUUGUAAUUAAACAUGUGUAGUUACAUAGAGAAAAAAAAAGAAUAGCAAUAAAAUCCUUCCACUUGAAAUGGCUUUUAUAUUUGUUAUUUAUUCUUAAUUUGUGUUUGUACUUUAUAUGGAAUAAGAGUUUAUGGUAUUUGAUUUCAUUUUGUGUGUGCUUUC